UGCACCAUCCACCCUGACAGCCUGCUUGCAGAAUGGACCAGGAAACCCUGGGAAGCAUUGUCCUGCUUGCCAUUGUCACCUUGAUAAGUGUGGUCCAGAAUGCUUUUUUUGCUAGCAAACUGGAGCAUGAGAGCAAACACUGCAACGGCAAGGGGCUCCAGCGCCUGGGAUCCUCUGCUUUCGACCGUGUCUACACUGCCAACCAGAACUGCGGACAUGCGUACCCUACGUUUCUUGCUGUGCUUUGGUGUGCUGGCCUUCUCUGCAGCCAAGCUCCUGCUGCUUUUGCUGGCCUGAUGUACUUGUUUGUGAGGCAGAAGUAUUUUGUGGGCUACCUUGGGGAAAGGACUCAGAGCACUCCUGGCUACUUGUUUGGAAAGCGCAUCAUUUUAUUCCUGUUCCUCAUGUCCCUGGCUGGAAUACUCAACUACUAUCUCAUCUUCUUUUUUGGAAGUGACUUUGAAAUACACAUAAAAACGAUAACCAGCGCAAUCUCUCCGUUGCUGCUCAUCCCCUAGCUCCCCACCUCACCG